AGCAGCUGGCACGGGAGGAUCAAAGGAGGAAUGAAGGGAUUUCAGAGCUUCAUGGUUUCAGAUAGUAACAUGAGUUAUGUUGAAUUUGUUGAGCUGUUCAAAUCAUUCAGCGUAAGGAGCCGCAAGGACUUGAAGGAUCUCUUUGACAUCUACGCCGUGCCCUGCAACCGAUUUGGCUCCGAGUCGGCCCCACUCUACACCAACCUGACAAUUGAUGAAAACACCAGUGAUCUUCAGCCUGACCUAGAUUUGUUGACCAGAAAUGUCUCGGAUUUGGGGUUGUUCAUUAAGAGUAAACAGCAGCUCUCAGACAACCAGAGGCAGAUAUCUGAUGCCAUUGCUGCUGCAAGUAUCGUGACAAAUGGCACUGGGAUUGAGAGCACAUCCCUGGGCAUAUUUGGUGUUGGCAUCCUCCAGCUCAAUGAUUUCCUGGUGAAUUGCCAAGGAGAACACUACACUUAUGAUGAAAUCCUCAGCAUCAUCCAGAAAUUUGAGCCUAGCAUCAGUAUGUGUCAUCAGGGCUUAAUGUCAUUUGAAGGAUUUGCAAGGUUUCUGAUGGAUAAAGAUAAUUUUGCCUCGAAAAAUGAUGAGUCACAGGAGAACAUUAAAGAACUGCAGCUACCCCUGUCCUACUAUUACAUUGAAUCUUCACACAAUACCUACCUCACGGGCCAUCAGCUCAAAGGAGAAUCCUCAGUAGAACUCUACAGUCAGGUCCUCUUGCAAGGAUGUCGGAGCGUAGAGUUGGACUGCUGGGAUGGAGAUGAUGGAAUGCCCAUCAUUUAUCAUGGACAUACACUGACAACCAAGAUCCCCUUCAAGGAAGUGGUCGAAGCUAUUGAUCGCAGUGCUUUCAUCACCUCGGAACUUCCCAUCAUCAUAUCAAUUGAGAACCACUGUUCAUUGCCUCAGCAACGAAAAAUGGCAGAAAUUUUCAAGACUGUGUUUGGAGAAAAGCUGGUGGCUAAAUUCCUAUUUGAAACAGAUUUCUCAGACGAUCCAAUGCUUCCCUCACCUGACCAACUUAGGAGGAAAGUGCUUCUUAAAAACAAGAAGCUAAAAGCCCAUCAGACACCUGUGGACAUCUUAAAGCAAAAGGCUCAUCAGUUAGCAUCCAUGCAAGCGCAGGCUUAUACUGGUGGGAAUGCAAACCUCCCACCUGCUAAUAACGAGGAAGAGGAAGAUGAAGAGGAUGAAUAUGAUUAUGACUAUGAAUCCCUUUCUGAUGACAACAUUCUGGAAGACAAACCUGAAAAUAAGUCAUGUAAUGACAAGCUUCAGUUUGAAUAUAAUGAAGAAGUCCCCAAGAGGAUAAAGAAAGCAGACAACUCUGCUUGCAGCAAAGGAAAGGUUUACGACAUGGAACUGGGAGAAGAAUUUUAUCUUCCCCAGAAUAAAAAGGAAAGCAGACAGAUUGCACCAGAGCUUUCUGACCUUGUCAUCUAUUGCCAAGCAGUAAAAUUUCCAGGCCUGUCAACUCUAAAUGCAUCUGGCUCUAGCAGAGGAAAAGAAAGGAAAAGCAGGAAGUCCAUUUUUGGCAACAAUCCGGGUAGAAUGAGCCCAGGGGAGACAGCAUCAUUUAACAAAACAUCUGGAAAAAGUUCCUGUGAAGGAAUUCGACAGACCUGGGAGGAAUCUUCUUCCCCUCUCAACUCUUCCACGUCCCUCAGCGCUAUCAUUAGAACUCCCAAAUGUUAUCAUAUCUCAUCGCUGAAUGAAAACGCUGCCAAACGUCUUUGUCGCAGGUAUUCUCAUAAACUGAUCCAGCACACCGCCUGCCAGCUGCUGAGGACCUACCCGGCUGCCACCCGCAUUGACUCAUCCAACCCCAACCCCCUCAUGUUCUGGCUCCAUGGGAUACAGCUCGUGGCACUCAACUACCAAACUGAUGAUCUCCCUUUACAUUUAAAUGCUGCAAUGUUUGAGGCUAAUGGCGGCUGUGGUUAUGUUUUGAAGCCUCUAGUUUUGUGGGACAAGAACUGUCCCAUGUAUCAGAAGUUUUCUCCAUUGGAAAGAGACCUGGACAACAUGGACCCUGCAGUCUAUUCUUUAACUAUUGUCUCUGGUCAAAAUGUGUGCCCUAGUAACAGCACGGGAAGCCCAUGCAUUGAAGUCGAUGUCCUGGGCAUGCCCCUGGACAGCUGCCAUUUCCGCACGAAGCCCAUCCAUCGAAACACCCUGAACCCCAUGUGGAAUGAGCAGUUUCUGUUCCGGGUUCACUUUGAAGAUCUCGUAUUUCUUCGUUUUGCAGUUGUGGAAAACAAUAGCUCAGCGGUAACUGCCCAGAGAGUCAUUCCACUCAAGGCUUUAAAACGAGGAUAUCGGCAUCUUCAGCUGCGAAACCUCCACAAUGAAGUCUUGGAAAUCUCUAGUUUAUUCAUAAACAGCAGAAGGAUGGAAGAAAAUUCCUCUGGCAGUACCACACCGACCUCUGUGAUGUUUAAUACAGAAGAAAGAAAAUGUCUACAGACUUACAGAGUCACAGUGCAUGGGGUCCCAGGUCCAGAGCCUUUUACUGUUUUCACUAUAAAUGGAGGCACCAAGGCAAAGCAGCUUCUCCAUCAAAUUUUGAUAACUGAACAAGACACCAAACCUAUCACCACAGACUAUUUUUUGAUGGAAGAAAAAUAUUUUAUAUCUAAAGAAAAGAAUGAAUAUAGGAAACAACCGUUCCAGAGAGUCAUUGGUCCAGAAGAAGAGAUCAUGCAGAUUUUAAGUAGCUGGUUUCCAGAAGAGGGAUAUGUGGGCAGGAUUGUCUUAAAAACCCAGCAGGAGACCCCAGAAGAGAAAAGCAUUGUUCAAGAUGACAAAGAAGUGAUCUUAAGCUUGGAGGAGGAGAGUUUCUUUGUCCAAGUGCACGAUGUUUCUCCAGAGCAACCUCGAACAGUCAUCAAAGCUCCCCGUGUCAGCACUGCACAGGAUGUUAUUCAGCAGACCUUAUGCAAAGCCAAAUAUUCCUAUAGCAUCCUGAGUAAUCCUAACCCAAGUGACUAUGUGCUUUUGGAAGAGGUGGUGAAAGACACUACCAACAAGAAGUCUUCAACCCCAAAGUCCUCUCAGCGAGUCCUUUUGGAUCAGGAGUGUGUGUUUCAAGCCCAAAGCAAGUGGAAAGGUGCAGGAAAAUUCAUCCUUAAGCUGAAGGAGCAGGUGCAGGCAUCCCGAGAAGAUAAAAGAAAAAUUUCUUUUGCAAGUGAACUCAAGAAGCUCACCAAGUCAACUAAACAGUCCCGAGUACUCACCUCGCCUUCUCAGCUCUUGGUCUCAGAAAGUGUCCAAAACAAGGAGGAGAAACCUGUGGGUGGCUUGUCCUCCAGGGACACAAUUGAGUAUCGACAGUGACCAAAGGCAGCAGGUUUUACUCAGGUGAAGAUCCAAAGUUAAAGUCAAGAAAGAACACGGUGGACACAAAUAUAAUUUAACUGGAAAUUGAUGGUUUCUGAACGGAAGGCUGGAAGGCUUCUUCACACAAGAUGCAAGGUCCAUGCUGAGGACAAGCAAAAUGACAGAGGUAGUAGCUACCAACCUAUUUACUGAUGAAUGAAGCCAAGAAACCCAGGUGAUUGCCAUUUUACAAAUGCUAGCAGUUGGAACACUAAGCUUGCAAUAAUUGAUUUAGAACAAGAGUUAACAAACUUUGUAAAGGGCUGGAGAGUAAAUAAUUUAGGGUUCGGGGGCCAUAUGGUCUCUGUUGCAACUACUCAACUCUGCUGUUGUAAUGCAGAAGCAGCCACAGACAAUGUACAUGAAUGGACAUAGCCAUAUUCCAAUAAAACUUUAUUUAUGGACACUGAAAUUGGAAUUUCAUACAAUUUUCAUAAGCCACAAAUAUUCUUGUGAUUUUUUCAACCAUUUAAAAAUAUAGAAACUAUUCCUAGCUCAAGGACCAUACAAAGAAUGGUGGCAGGCUGGAUUUGGCCCAUGAGCCAUAGUAUGCCAACCUGACUUUAGAGAACCAGGAACAAGAGGUGUGUGGUCUGAAGACAAGAAAACAAGUUUAGCCAUACAUUUUAUGGCUGAUAUUUUGAAGCUUUUGGGCAUUGCAAAUGUAAAUAUGUCCUAUAACAUAAAAUUCAUUGAAAGUAAUUCAAUUUACUUCCUA